AUGGCCUCCACGUCACUCAUCCAACCGCCCGAGUCUGCCGACGACGAGCCAAUCGUCCAUCCCAGCCUGCAACGGUACAUCGCCUCCCUGCCGGACUCGCACAUCAACUACAUGCGCUUCUUCUCGGCAUUGCUCAUCCCCAAGACCUCUCAGCCCCAAUUCUUCCAGGACGUCAAGCAAUUCCGUGAGCAACCCACCAUCGUCUACCUGUUGUGGCGCGGCACAUCCGAGUCCUACCGUGAAGUAAGUCGCCGGUUCAUUGGCUCGAGGUUCGCGCAUCCGUGGUGCCGCGUGCAGAGUGAUUUCGGGUCCGGGUGGCAUCGGGCCCAAUGGGUCGGCGGUGGAAACGGGAAUGGGAGCGGCAAAGCCAACGAAAAGGUCAAGAAGGAAGAAGAGAGGCUGCAUCGGCUGCUGGUGCCGAUCUGGAUCGCGAUGAGGAGGCGCAUGUUCCCUGGCGAUGAACCUGUGAGGGAGUGGGUUGAAAGUGAGGAUGAGAAAGAAGCCGCCGCCGAGAAGGAGAAGGCCCGAGUGAGAGACGAGGAGAUAGAGAUCGUUCCUCAGUCGAAGCCGGUUGUCUUGGCGCCGUCGCCGUCGCCGUCUGGAGUACAGUCGUUGGGAGCAGACACGACGGUGUAUCCCGAACUCGGGUUCGCGACGGGGCCUCGGAAAGCUUCGACGGCAUCGGUAGCAUCACAACCAUCGAGCCCGGGAGCAGAGGCCGCGUCGAAAAUGUUUCUAGGCGUGGCUGUCACGGGCUUCAUCAUGAGCGACAAGCGCGUCAAGAAAUACGUCAAGAAGAAGUUGUCGAAGAAGUGA